AUGAGUGGAAUCAAUGUGAAGAAGCUCAAAGUCAACGAGCUGAAAGAGGAACUUCAGCAGCGAGGCCUGGAUACUCGUGGGCUGAAGGCGGAUCUUGUCAUAAGGUUGCAGUCAGCACUUGAGGCCGAGGCUGCAGGUGAAGAGGGCGGGCCACCGACUGGCGAUGUUGGUGAGGAGGGGGAUGAGGAACACGAUAUUGGCGGAGACGGCGCUGACUACUCAGAUGAAGGUAAACAAAUAUUGGGGGGUUCAAUGUGUAUGUAGACAGUUGUAAGAUUGUAUUGGUACAGCCAAGUUCACUGUUGUUCACAGAUUUGCCGUUUUUAAAGGGAGGGUACAGUUUGUUUCAACGUGACUGAUGGGCUGUCAAUUGUAACAUGCAGAUGAAACUGCUGUUAUACCAAAGUUGUAAAUCAAGCAGCUUGUGAUACUGACACUAUGUUUUCCAUACUAGUUAAAGAUGAUGGGGAAGAAGACCAAGAUAGUGAGGACGAUGAAGUACAGUUUGUCCCGCAGGCUAAAGAAGAAAAGUUUGAUGAGGAGAAAGGUGAUGUUGAACAGAGUGAAGAUGCGGAGCAGGAAAACAGCCGUGAUGGGGCACAGGAAGACAGCCGUGAUGGGGCACAGGAAGACAGCCGUGAUGGGGCACAGGAAGACAGCCGGGAUGGGGCACAGGAAGACAGCCAGGAUGGGGCACAGGAAGACAGCCGGGAUGGGGCACAGGUGUUAGAACCAGAUAGAGCAGAACCAGAGAUGGAAGAACCAGAGCCACCACAACCAGAACCUGUGAAACCAGUACUUGUGCAACCAGAGCCUGUGAAACCAGAGGCUAUGGAACCUGAACCAGUGGAACCAGCAUCAAUUGAGCCUGAAGCAAAGCAUGUGGAGAUGUCUGAAAUUAAGACAGGUCAGUAAUAACGUAACUCAAAUGAAUAGAUUAAUACUUUGUAUAUUCUCUUAUUUCACCCUGUUGCUCAAGCAGUAAUUAUUGGCAACAUUGACCUCUUUGAUGCAGAUGAGUUUUUGAUGAAAGCAGAGUUGAAAAAGGAGGCAGAUGAACCUCUGCAGCAGGAGCAGUUGAAGAAGGAGCCAAAGCAGCCAGAGGCACAGCUUCCAGAUGCUGCCAAUGAAUGCGAAGCCAUGGAGGCUGAGCAGGUGAGCCAAGCCAAAACGGAGGAUGACCGAUGCAACCGUAAGAGGCCAUACGAUGAAGGCCGUGGCUAUGGCUAUUAUGAACAUCGAGAGGAAAGAAGGUAAGUGUGGUGAAACACUUUUCUAAGGGGAACAGGUUAGAAAACUACUUCACUACAGUGUCUUGAAAACAUUCUUCAGAACUAUACCCCCAGCUUAUGCUCUAUGCUCUCGCUCACACAGGGCACGUUCUCCACAACCCCCAGCAGAGGAAGAGGAAGAAGAUUUUGAUGACACUCUUGUGGCUAUUGAUACGUGUAAGUGAAAGUACUAUGUUUGUUUUGUGAUGGUAGUAGGAUUUGUGUUGAAUGGUUUAUUGUGUGCAUUGCAAUAGUUGUGCAUUUACAACGUAUUUAUUGACCUCUGGGGGUAUGGUUUUGUUUUUCACAGAUAAUUGUGAUCUGCACUUCAAGGUAUCACGUGAUCGGUAUAGUGGAUACCCGCUCACCAUAGAAGGUUUUGCAUACCUGUGGUCAGGUGCACGAGCUUCCUAUGGCGUCAACAAAGGGCAAGUCUGCUUUGAAAUGAAGGUAGAGUAUUUCCUGUUUAAAUUAAGUUGCAUUUCACUUAUGUGCUUUGCAGAUGGAAUAUUACGGAUGUCUUUUCCUGUUGAGGAGUCUCAUCGAUUUGAGUAAAUAUGAAUUUGGUGCAUGUUUUCUUGCCCAGAUAAACGAGGAGAUCUCUGUGAAGCACCUUCCCAGCAGUGAGCCUGAUCCACAUGUAGUGCGCAUAGGCUGGUCCCUGGACACCUGCAACACACAGCUCGGUCAGUUUUGAAAAAAUGCUUCUGUACUUGAGCUGGAAAAUUCUGUUAUUAUAAAUAUUUUAUGCGAUUUGAAACUAUCACACAAACUCCUUGUUUUUGACUCUAUACCAGGUGAAGAACAAUUCUCUUAUGGCUAUGGAGGAACUGGCAAGAAAUCUUCAAAUUGUAAAUUCGAGGAUUACGGGGAAAAGUUUGGUGAAAACGAUGUCCUUGGAUGCUACAUUGUAAGUAUUUGUGAUAGUACAGAAGAUUAACUUAGAUUCAUCUGCCUAAUAAAAGCUGAGUACUCAAUAAACCUAAAUAAUAUCCUCUCCAUGUCUUGUUCAGAACUUCGAUAGCGGUGAUGAAGUGGAGAUGGCCUUCUCAAAGAACGGCAAGUGGCUGGAUGUGGCCUUCCGUGUGUCACAGGAGGAGUUGGCUAAACGGCCACUCUUUCCCCAUGUUCUUGUGAAGAACUGUGCAAUUGAAUUCAACUUUGGCCAGAAAGAGGAGCCCUUCUUCCCCCUGCCCGAGGGAUACACCUUCAUUCAGAACGUCCCUCUGGAAAACAGGAUACGGGGAACAGUUGGGCCUGCAACCAAGGCUGACUGUGAGGUGAGUGGCAGCCAUGUUGGAUCAUUGAGUGGAUUGUUGAUUUGGAUCAUUAGACUAGAUUGCUUCUGUUGUCAGUAGCUGUGAGAUGCCAGGACUAAUUCCUCAUGUUUGGCUCUCUUGUUUUUACCUCAGCUCUUGAUGAUGGUUGGCCUACCUGCAUCUGGGAAAACCACCUGGUCCUCGAAGCACGCGACGGAGCACCCUGCAAAGAAAUACAACAUCCUGGGCACCAACGCCAUAAUGGAGAAGAUGAAGGUCCGUUAUCUUUGUUUGAACACAGACUCCUUCAGUCUUGGUCUUUAGUGUCAAGUUCCCCUCUGACGUAAUGAAAACCUCCACCCUCAGGUGAUGGGACUGCGUCGUCAGAAGAACUAUGCUGGUCGCUGGGAUGUCCUGAUCCAGCAGGCCACACAGUGUCUGAACAGAUUGAUCCAGAUCGCUGCCCGCAAGAAGCGUAACUACAUCCUGGAUCAGGUAUCUACUGUCUGAUUUCUCACCCCAUACUAUGUUAAUGUCCUCAACCUCCCGCCCACUGCUGUUCACUGAUGCACAUGUCCAUUAAUGCACUCUUUGAUAUACUGUCUCUCUAGUGUAGAAGCCUUGAUCAACAUCCGAACUCCUGGAAGUUAUCACACUUUUCAUUGUCCUGAACAUGCUGCUGAAAUCAUUAUUUCUGUUUUGCUUGAAUGAAAGCAGUAUUGACAUUUGUAUGUUUUUACUCAAUAUUUGUUAUUUCCUCUCCGUAUGUCCUGUUGAAAAAGAGCUCUAAGCUGUACAAAUAGUCCAUGUCUAUAAUAAGAUGUUGAAAAACAAGUAAACACUGCCGGGUGGUGAGUAAGAAAUACACCUUCUGUUGUUCGUUAACUGUAAGAUUAGUUCAAGUUCAAACUCACAUCACCUUUGAUGUAAGAUAGCUGAUUUAUACGUACAGACAGCAUAUGGAACUUUUGAAUGUUGUAUGUAAAAUGAAUAAAACAUUAAGGUAAGUGAAAACUAACAUGUUUGAAUUUUCAGGGCAUUUGCUCCAGUUACUCAAGGUAGGUAAGGUCUUGGACAUUCUAAUGGAUGCCAUGGAGUAAGUGAGUAUUGAAAGGUAGGUAGUGUCUGUUGUUAUUGUCAUGACAGAUGGACUAUUGACAAACAGGUAAGUUGUGGUAAGUAAAUAAGGGGGACCCUGUUAUUGUAGGCAAGAUAUUACGCAGCUUUAUAAACUAUUCAUUGUUGGUUUAUUCAGCGAGGUACAUUAAAUCAAUGACAGUGCAGAGAAUAGUUUGAAAAACAGUACAUUGAUUGCCCUAAAAGGGUUUAUCUGGAGAGGAUUCAAUUGAUUUUACAGAUGUUUUUCUUCUGUUAAUUUUAUGGAAGUGAAUGUGAGAUGUGUGGAAGAAGGGAUUCACAGGAACAUUCAUCUAUUUGCUCAAGCUUGUAAGAGUGUGCUGUCAAUAUGGCAAAAAUAGAUUCAAAGAUGGAACAGAUUUUUGGAACAGAUUUGAAAGAUGCUACUAUUCUUUUGUAAUGUAGUAUUUUGCAUUAAGUAGCUAAUGUUCUUAGUUCUUCAUUGGAAACGUUGACCAGUUGAGAACUUGCAAGAAUUAACCCAAUAGAUAGCUAACAUGGGUCCCCAAAGUUCUUUCUCACAGGAAAUGCAUUCCAGACACAACGGUAAGUUGUGGGGUUGUGAGAGACAACCAUAUGUAGUUCCAGAACAGUAAAUAUAGGCAUGAAAAAAAAAAAAAA